AUGAAGUCUUUGAGUGGUGUGGGACUUGGGUUGAGUGUAGUUUUUGGGUGUCUUUUGUUGGCUCUUGUUGCUGAACUCUGCUACAUUUUAUGGUGGAAGAAGAGGAUCACCAACAGUGAAAUUGAAGAUGAUAGCUAUGGCAGUCCAGCAAAGCAGCUUCUGUUCAUGUUCUGUUGGAGAAAACCAUCUUCAUUGAGAGUCACAGACACUCUUGUUCAUGAACCAGAAGCACAGAUUCACAGUUUGCAUUCAAACAAUAAUGAUUUCCUGCUCAAGGCUUAUGGUGAUAAUGAUGAUGAUAUGGAGACAGAACUGUUGGGUCUGAACAGCUUGACAGGGCCACCAAGAUUUCUCUUCACAAUUGUGGAAGAAACAAGAGAAGAUUUGGAGUCUGAAGAUGCCAAGUCCAAGAGUGCAAAAGGGUCAAGAGGUAGGAGCCUGAGUGAUUUAAUUCUCACUGUGGAGACUCCAUAUCUAACUCCUCUAGCUUCUCCAUCAUUUUUUACACCUCCACUUACCCCUUUAGACUCCACCUCAUGUAAGGGAUUCAAUCCUCUCUUCUUUGAAUCAUCAACUGAUGCAGAAUUCAAUAGAAUAAGGUCAUCACCACCUCCCAGGUUCAAGUUCUUGCAGGAUGCUGAGCAGAAACUGUACAGGCAAAAACUGAUGGAAGAAUCUGAGAAGAAAGUGAACAGUCAUGAUGGGUUUUCUCAACAAUUUCUCUCUGGUUCAAAGUUCUUCAAAGAUGAGGAAGAAGAGAGUUCUUUUAUCACAAUCAUUGUUGAUAGAAACAAAGAGAGAGAGCUUAAACACCAUGGAAUAGCUUUUUCUCAGCUCAUCACAACAACUAACAUGGAUGAUAAACCUCUAGCACUCCGCUCGAGUGAACAGAACCACAAGUCUCUACAGUAUCAAAUUUAA